AUGCGGCUGCGAGAACACGCUCCUCCGCCAUAUGAAGAGGUGUCCAGCCAUGGCCCGCGAGUCCAGUUGCCCAUUGGCGAGCUGCUGUCUCUGGCGCUCGACGGCCGCUCCGUCUUCUCGGCCACCAACCCGGCGCUCGUCUACUACGAGCUGAGCGCGGCGCCGUUGCAGGCGACGUCUCUGACUUACAUUGUCAAAAAGGUGAAAUACCGGCUGGCGGGCAAUGGCCGGGGCGACGAUGCCAACGGCCGGCUGCGCACCCGCCACGACGAGAUUUACCUCUUCCGCGAUGCCUACGUCAACUUUUAUGCGCCGCGGCGCAUCGUCAUCGACGGCAAGGCCAAGGACGGCCGCAGCUACAAGAGCGUCAAGCUCUCGCCGGGCCUCUUGGGCUGGUCGACGUGCUCGGCGGCGGGCCACUUCAGGGCCAAGGUGGGAUUUGGUGAUCGCUGGCGGAACCGCCAUCAGGUCAUCUGGAAGGACGACAGCGGCCGCAUCGUGGCCAUGGAGGACGCAUACACUGCUUACACUGCUACCAACAGCAAUACCGGGAGUAGCAGUAGGCCAGAUGGUGUGAGCAGUCCAGACGGCAUCAGCAGUCCAGACGACAGCAACAGCAACAACACCAGCAGCAGCAAUAUCCCGACUCGCAAUGCGCCGGAACACACAUCGACUGUGCCCUGCUUGAAGCUCCUGCGCCUGCUCGACGACAAAGACCUGGAUCUGCUGGUGACGUGCUGGACAGCACGGCUCUGGAAGCAGUCGCAGAAAUCACACCGCAGCUCGCCUCCAUCGUCCAUGGGCCGGUCCAGAGUCAAGCGAUUUGCAGCACGACACCUCAGCCUGCGGUACAUGACCAGCCUAGUUUCGUCCAAUCCAACCCCGACCCGGCGCCUCGAAGCGUAGCGACCCUCCAACUGUUUCACGCAAUGCUCUGGACAUAGAUCAACGAGGCUCUCAUAAUGUUUAUUUCUACAUCUAAUAAUUUUUACGCCUCUUUUUUUUUUUUUUUUUUUUACUCUCUACCGCUUAUUGUAGUGCUGUAUUUACAGGCGUUGCCCAGAGGCCGGAUCACAUACAUAAUCGUACUUGAACAGGCUCGUCUUAGGCGGCGCAGAUCCCUUGCCUUGAAUUUCAGAUAGCCGAGGGUGGACGUGGAAGGGGGCCCCCAUUGCACACAGGCAUCAGGAGGACGAAGCCGGCACAGCGAGAAGAACAUGAAGCCAUUAUGAUGGAUUGAUUACCUGGACGAACUGAUGGACGCCGGAGAGACACGCAAGAGGCUCUCGAGCUGUUAGAGCUACCUUGGCACCGCUGAUUGAUUUGCGCGCUUCCACCUCUCAGCUUAUUCGAAUGACACUGGAAGCCGGGGUUGCUACAUCAUAGAUACUCGUACUACCUACCACUUACCACACUUAUUCCUACGCGCACCGCACACACACAUACACACACACACACACACAUAAUGCCAUCGCCACCACUAGGCCCAUCCCAUGCGAGGAUUCGGCGUCACGAUCCUCGGACGAACCGAUUGAUUGACUUCUCCUCGAUUCAACACGAGCCCUGGGGCCGAUGACGGGACACCUCCAGAAACGCAACGCCUGUCAUGUCCUGCUUACAGUAAUGGAGUCCCAUCAACCCCCCGUGCUCGGCACAAUCACGACUUCUCCUUGCCAGUUCGAUAAGCGUCGUGCAAGCGAAGCGGCACAACUGAUACAGACAGGUAUUCCCCAGAAACAGCAAGCCCAAAAGACCGCGGAGAUUCACCAGGCGAGGCGAUAAUAACCACGGAGAACAAUACCCCAGCGCCUAUACUACUAGAACUAAGUACCUACCCAGUAGGGAUCGUAGGAAAGUCGAGCUGACCAGGGGGGGUGUCUCUUGGACUUUUUUUUUACAACAACAGUUAGCAUCAAGACGCUAGACAAGGGCCAGCGCGUAUCCACAAGAACACUCAGAUCGGCCGGUUCAAUCUAGUUCCGACCGCGGCUUUUUUUGACGCGCAGGGGGUGGUGGCCAAAAGGCAAAGCAGGCAGAAUCAGGAAAAAUCACAAGUAGACAGAACUGGUGAAGAAGAAGGGGUGGCUGGGUCUUUGGGGGUCCCCCCCCUGGCGUAUCCGGGGAGACAUGCGCGAAUUGAUGGAACUCGAGCCAACGAACGGGAACGGGACAGGCAUCUUUUUUUCUCGUUCAAGCCAUUGGACUGACUGACUAGUAUUACUCGUAAGUAUGGAGCUUGGGAUGGCGUGUGUUGUUCAGUGCGCUCUUCAAGAGUCCCUUACAUUGUAAUCAAAU